AAAUGUCAUUGCUCGCAUUGUUUCAUCUUCUCUCGGUGACGGUUUUGAAGCUUUAUUCUAAGUAAAGAAUUGUGCUGAAGUUCAUCGAAGAGAAUUCUUGACCUUGAGUUGUUCAUGGAAUCGACCAGAGGUUCAAUCUUAUAUCCCUUUUAAGUGUUUGCUGUGACAGAGUGUCCAAUCAUGGAGACCGCAGAGAAACCCGAAGGAACCGUCUAUACUAGAACUCCAAGACUGGCGGGUACUGUGAACUGGGGCACUGCUACAGUUAUUGGUGUGUUUGCUGGCAUGCUAUAUGGAGGAAGCAAGGAAGCAGCUGCAUCUGUUAGCAAGGAUGCAGAAGUUAUGUUGAAGCUUGGGAGCACUCCAGACAAGCGUGAGCAGUACAGGUUAAUGAGAGAUGCAAUGGAAAAAAGGUUCAUCCGGGUUACUCGUGGAUCAAUAGUAGGUGGUGUUCGUCUUGGCAUGUUCACUGCUGCCUUUUGUGGCUUGCAGAAUCUGCUUGCUGAGAAACGGGGUGUUCAUGAUGUUUACAAUGUCGUUGGAGCUGGUUCAGUCACUGCUGCAACAUUUGGCCUCAUCAUGCCAGGAUCCCUCUUUUGGCGUGCAAGGAAUGUAUUGAUGGGUUCAGUUUUGGGAGCAGCAUUUUGCUUCCCUAUCGGUUGGAUUCAUUUGAAGCUUGUGGAGAAGGCAAAUGAAGAGAAUUCAGCUGUUAAUUCCAGAUUGGAUGAACACUGUGAGGCAAAAAGCGGAGUUGGUGCCGCAAUUGAGAGGCUUGAGGGGAGCUUGAGUAAAUAAAAAAAGAAAAACAGUUAAAGAGGCCUUUACUCUCCUCCCCGGGAAGAAAGUGA